AUGGCGGAACGACAAUUAUCAAGCUCUAAAAAGAUGAAAUUAGAGAACAACGAAACUAAAGAAAUCGAAUUACCGCAGCAGCAGCUGCUUGGGAGAGACGAUCUUUACAACAAAAUUUUUAUUAAAAUUAUUGAUUUUGUGGAGGAUGAUGAUGAAGAUCCAAAAAAUUCCCUAAAUCUUUAUAUCUGCGGAAAACCUGGAACAGGGAAAACAUUCACAAUUGAGAAAAUUAUUGAGGAACUAAAACGAAGAAAAAAAUCACGCUUCAAGUUUAUAAUUUCUUUGAAUGCUAUGGAAAUAGCCAGCUUUACUGAUUUUUGGAAGCACAUUUCUAACGAAUUUCCAAAAAAACCUAAAUCAAAACCUGCUCUGUUAGAAUCCAAUCUUAUUGAUGUCAUUAAAUCCCUUUCCCACCACAUUUUAUUGAUAAUUGACGAAUUUGAAAGUUUGAUCCACCGAUGAACCAAAGAGCAAGUGAUAAAGCUUUUUAUGCUCCCAAAGCGAACUAAUGGAAAAAUUUUAUUAGUCUCUAUAUCAAAUCUAGUCGGAAUGCCUGAUCUUUUAAUGCCUGAGCUUGAUAGUCGAUCAUGCAUGCCAGAAAUAAUUGUUUUCCCUCCUUACUCAAAAGAUCAACUGCUUAAUAUUAUGACACACAACAUUUCUGGUGAAAAAGAUAUAGGCAUAUCCUUAAGAUAGCCCGAUAUGGGCGAGGGAUACAGGCCAAAAUUUCCUAUUUGAUCCGGCCAACUCAGGUUGGUCGAGCCAAGUGGUAAGUGGCGAAUGAGCCUCCUUCCACUUAGUUCGGCCAAUCCAAGUUGGCCGACCAAGUGGGAAACGUUGGCCUCUAUCCCUUGCCCAUAUCGGGCUAUCUUAAGGAUAUGCCUAUAGCCGUGCUAUGGAAUUUUGUGCCAGGCAAGUCGAAAAAUUAGGAGAUGUAAGGCAAGCUCUUGAUAUUUGCAAAAAUGCUAUGAGAGAUGGAAAAAUUGACCUAACGAAUAUAUCUUUUGCAAUGAAUAGAAGCAAGCAACCUACUAACAGCCGUUAUUCUGUUUUCAUAUAUAAAUAGACUAACGGCUUAUUGCUAGGAAUGCUUCUAUUCAUUGUAAAAAGACAUACUAUAAAAACAGCCACGAAAUGAAAUUCCAAUAUCAAUGAAUUAAAACAUCUGCCUCAACUUCAAAAAUCUGCAGUUGUUAUAUGCAAAAGAUUAAUUGAAGACUUAUCAGCGAAAAAAGCUAAUGAUGGAUCAAAUAAAAAUAUCACAACUUCACAGCUUCAUUCAGCCUAUUCACGAGCUAUUUGCGGAAGAGGUGGUGAAGCGCUCCCAUGGCAAGAAUUUAUGGAGAUGCUUAAUAAUUUAAAUUCUUUUGGAUUUGCUAAGCUAGAAGGCAAGUCAAAAGACGUGGGAAAGCGAAAUGUCCAGAUACCAGUGACAUGGGAAGAAAUUUCGAAAGCAUUUGAAGAUGUGCCAGAGGUGCUAGAAUUUAGAGAAACUCAUAUAGGUUAUUCUUGGAAAUUUAGUGUUUAA